AGGUGUCGUCGGUCGUGUGUUGCAGAAUGCUGCCAUCUGUCGGCAGGUGUAAGUAACUGUUAACUAGCAGUUUGUAGGUGAUCUAGUUUUACUAUCGGCUCCUGUAAAGCAACCAAAUAAUGAACCGUCCAAAUAAUAUUCCGUUCAACUCUUCAGCCAAACCUAAAGCAGCUGCUCAAGUAUUAUACAAUCAACAGCAGUGUGGGAGAAUACCCCAGGACUUUAAAGAAGCUAUGUUACACAUCCCAGUGAAGCCAGCAGUCAACUCAAACAUCAGGACACCUGACAAGGCUGCUAAGACACAACCAGCCCAGAAACGUGCAGUCAAAUCUUCUGCUGAUAAAUGGAAGUCUUCAUUCAAACCAUUAGGAGAAGAAGAUGACUCUCCGGACGCAAGAACUGGCAGUUCAGAAAAGGUUGAAAUCUAUAAUCCUUACGAUCCUGACUCGUCAGACUCUGAGCAUGAGAUGGCCCAAGACCACAACCACUCCCCACCCGAUCAAGAUGAAGGCUGCCUUAAAAAAGGCCGCUGGGACAGGAGUUACUCCGAAUCCGCGAGCCGACUCCUCGACAGGUGUGACUUUAGCCCUGAAACCAGACCAACAGAGAGUCGAGGUUUCAGUACAGGUCAUAGACUGCCUGAACGACAGGCUUAUGCCCCCACCACUGAAUCACUUGACCGACCAGGUUUUGACUCCAUAAGUAGACCCCUGGACCACAGGGUCUGCAGCCCUGACAGGCAUAUACACGGCUCCUCCGCCCAACGCUUUCUUGCAUCUUAUGGAGGACAGAGGACCAACGGGGAGGAGAGGAUAAUAAUCCCAGAAUACAGCAGAGAGAUGACCACUACUGUUAGAUUAUCCCCACCCAGGUUACAGCGGGACUAUCAACAUCAGUUGGAAUACGUGGAUGCAGGACUGGACCAUAUCAAACCUUCCACAGAGGUGCCAAGAAACAGGAAAUUAAUAAUGGACAAGAGCCCCAUCAUCUGUGACCUUUGCGAAGUUGAGUUAGCCAAUGGCCGCGAGCUGGAGGAGCACUUGGAGAGCAAGAGUCACUGGGACACCCUGGAGCACAUCCAGCAGCAGAAUAAUUACGAUGAUCUGGCUAUAGCCUUCAUACAGGACGUCAUGCUGUAUAAAAGCCAGCAGUGCAGCCGAAACAUAGAGGAUAGUGCACUUCAAGCUCUGCAGGAAAAUGACCACAUGACAAAGAUUGAAAUGUUCCACUGUGCGGCUUGCAGCGUCUUCAUAUCCACAUCUGCAUCCUCAGUGCAGACUCACAUUACCUCUCAGGAACACCUCUCCAACACAAAGGACUUUCAAGUGCAGCAGAGACGUUCUUGCCUCGCAAAAGCAGAAACCAUGAUGAAGGAGAUGAAACCUCAGUUUGAACACUUCCUGAAGGGUGGCAGCCCGUUUGAAUGAUGGAAAUCAUUGAAAGUCUCCAAAAGGCUGUUUGCGUCAGAUGAACUGUGGAGUUAAACCUCAAUCACACCCACACAUACAUGCGAUGGCACCACUAAUACAGUACAUGUUUGACAUUCAAGGAUUUGUCUGAAGAAAUGGAGGCAUCUUGAUUUGUUCAAACAAUAUUGAUGUUCUUGUAUCUUUGUUCACAAAUGGUUUGUCCAUAUUAACGUUAGCUGCAGUACUCCCAGAUAAUCACCAUCCGGUUACCUUAAGAAGAUAACGUUUGUAAUUUUUGUAAAUGUACGCAUUCAAUGUUUUUAUAAUUUGUGUGAAAAAAAAAUGAUUGAAAAAGUCAA